ACACAUCAGACACCAUGAGCCGGGAGGUUCUGGCUGAGCUGCACUGGGCCGAUGGCUUCGCCAUCCCUGUGGCCAACUCCGAGAAUAAAGCGCUGGAAGACGAGAUGCAAAAGAAACAGAAGGAGAAGCUGCAGUUGUCAAACCAGUUGCAGGAAAUGGAUGACCGAAUACAAGCAAUGGCUGACCACCUAAGGAAUGUCAGGCAAGAACUGAACUAUACUCAGUCUCUUUGUAGGGCCAGAGAGAAAGAAAUUGAAAGUGAAGAACACUUUAAAACUCUCGCUGAAAGGGAAACGGGGCGUCUAAAGCAGGAAAUUCAACGUCUUCAAAACGAGCUGGUGUCCUUGAGGGAGAAGAAAAAUAAUCAAGAAAAUAACAUAUUCAAGGCCACUCAGAAACUGGAGAAACUGAAAUGUCAGCUCAAUUGGGACCAGCAGGCUCUGGAAGCCUGGUUGGAGGAAACCACUCGUAAAGACGAAGAUUUCGUCGCCAUUCAGAAAUACGCUCAGAAAGAUGAGGGGAAAAUUAGGGAGUUGUCACUGCAGAUUGAAAGGAUGACCGUGGAAGCUAACCAAAAACGGAAACUCUUAGACAAUGAAAUGACAGAGACCAUCACUGCACAGAUUGAGCUGGACAAGACAGCUGAAGAUUUCCGCAAAGCACAUUCAGAAAGACAACAGCUGAUCCAGCAGUGGGAAAACACCAUUGAUCAGAUGCAGAAAAGGGACAGUGAAAUUGACCAAUAUGCACUGCUGUUAGCUCAGGUCAAGCAAGAGUUACGAGACAGAGAAAGUAUAAUCAAGGAGAAAAUCCAGUUCCUGAACAGUGAAAUUGACAAUAACAAGGAAUACGAGAAGAAGAUUGACACUGUAGAAAGAAAAGCAGCCAAACUGAGACAGGACUAUCAAGAGCAAGAGGCUGUGCGGAACAAUCUACAAGAUGAGCUGGAUACUCUGAAAGGGACUGUUGAUAGAACAGCUACCGAAUUAGAAGUAAUGAGGAUUCAAGUCAACAAUCUAAAGAAAGAUAUCAGGAAUAAAGAAGAAAGGUUGAAUCUGUCAAAAGAACAUAAUAAGGGCCUGACUGAAAAGCUGAAGGUUGUCAAUGAAUCUGCAUUGAGUGUAGAGGAGAAAGCACAGCGUAUGGAGGAGAUGCUGAAAGAACAAGAGAAAACAGUGAAGAAUCUGGAAGCCCAGCUAAAACAAAUAAGAGAGCAGCAUUUCAAGAAAUCGCAGGAGCUGCAUGAAUACAAGACAAAAGAAAAGCACAUGAUAUCAGAAAUUAGUGGAAGUCAGGUCUUGCUGAGAAACCUUAAUAGUCAACUGCAAAAACUUGACCUACAUGCUUUAAAGCAACAGGGGAUCAUUUACAAUCAGGAUUUCCAGAUACAGCAGCUAGAGCGCAGGCUAUCACGCUUAAAAGGUGAAGUCAACACAGAUGAGAAACAUGCCUUGGAGACAAAAGUAUCUGAACUUACAAAAACAUUAGAUGAACGUAAAGCUUCUCUUAAUAUCUUAAACACCCAGCACAAAAAGCUUCAGGGUGAUGUACGGUACAUUAAAAGGGAGCUUGAAAAAACAGGCCAAGAGAAAGGAGGUCUGAUUAGUAAAAUGGAGGAACUUAAGCUGUUCAACACCAUGUCUGAUAAAACAUUGAAGAAGCUCCGAACAUCAAAACAGGAUUUAAUGGUUGAAGACAAUAUUCUGAAACUGGAAAUCAAGCGGUUAAAGGACAUGUUGUACAGUAAAGCAGAUGAUGUUUUCUCGCUGGCGAAACGCAAGUUACAAUUACAGACUGCAAUGAAGGAGCGGACACAAGAAAUCGCUGUGCACAAAGAAAUGCUGAAAUCUCAGAUCAGACUUGUAGACCAGGAGCGGCAAAAUAUAAGCUUCGAGCUCCAGGACAGACUUGCAAAAGUUGAUAAGAUGAAAAAAAGGUUUGAAAUAAUUACUGUUGCAAUGAUGCCCCCAGAGGGAGAAGAGGAGAAGUCGCAGGCUUAUUACAUAAUUAAGGCUGCACAAGAAAAGGAGGAACUUCAGCGUGUUGGUGAUGAGCUGGAUGCCAAAAUCCGCAAGGCUGAAAAGGAAAUCCAUGCCCUAGAAAACACGCUGCAGGUCAUUAAUGGCUGUAACAACUCCUACAGGAAAUCGUUUAAUAAAGUUACUGAAUCAAGUGAGGAGUAUGAAGAAAAAAUUCAGCUAGAAGAACAGAAGAAAGCUACUGAGGAAAAAUAUAGAUACAAGCGGAGGCAAAUCAAAGAGCUGCAGGAGGACAUGCAGAUUAUGAAAAACACUUUUGAUAGCAUGAUGAAAGAGGAAUCAUCGUGCCAGGAGAAGGUGAAUGAAAUGCUUCCCAGCAUCACACAGCUUAACAAAGAGACGGAGGAUCAAAAGAUCAAGUUGGAGCGAGUCAGGAAACAG